AAAGAAGAGGAAAAACAAGAAAAAAAGAAAUAAAAGACAUCUUUUUCCCGUUCUUGCACAUAGUAUUUAUAGGACGCCUCGAAAAUCUUGGUCCUGAAAAUGGGUGCUUCUGAAAAACAUCAUCAAAUGGAUGCAACUGCUGCGGAUUCUGAACAAUGGGUUAUUGCUGGAAUUGCACUGAGAGCUCCAAUGAAGCCGAUUUUCACCAAGUCAGUGGACAAAAGGGGCGCUGAAGAUGAGCUUUCAACGACUCCGACUUCAGCGGAAUCAAGAAUUCCGAGAGGCCUGCCGUGUCCGCCGGCCCCGAAGAAGCGAAAACCGGCUUCUUCAAGACGCCAUUGCUUCGAAGUGAGAGAGUUCUUCAAUCACCCUGACUUGGAAACGAUCUUCAUACGCCGGUUUGAGGGGGCCUGAAUUGUAGAAUUCCUCCAUAGAAUUGCUUGGACUUCAUUAAAAACCCCAAGUUUUAGGUUUUUACCUUUCUUUUUUCGAAUUUACGGCUCGUAGGUUUCGUGAUCUUUCUACUGUAUUCUUCAGUAACAGUUUAGUUCAGGAUUCUGAUGUACAUGGAUGGCCGCCUAAUGUUGGUUCUCUUCUCUAUAUGACAAUGCUAUGGCAAUUUGAUGAGUAUUUUGGUUGUGCUUUCAUU